AUGGCCGUGCAAGCGGCGACCCUGCACGCCCACCACCACCCCUUCGUCCCCUUCUGCUUCCCGGCGGGGCUGGGGGACUUCGGCGAGGCGGAGAAGGGCUACGACGACGGCGGGGGGCUUCUGCUCGGAGCAGGGGGCGGAGGAGGCGAGGCCGGGGGGGACUGCCGCGAAGCCACCCGCGACUUGCUCAGCUUCAUCGACUCGGCCUCCAGCAACAUCAAGCUGGCCCUCGACAAGCCGGUGAAAUCCAAGCGGAAGGUGAACCAUCGGAAGUACCUGCAGAAGCAGAUCAAGCGCUGCACGGGCAUGAUCGGGGGAGGAGGAGGGGGCGGCCCGGCGGCUCCCGGGCCUCAGGACGCGCCGCGGACUUCUCCGACGGGGGCGCCGUCGGCCUCCACGUCGCCCCCCGGCGGCGGAGCGGCGCAUUGCAAGGCGCCGGCCAAGCGCGAAGGCGGCACGUGGCAGAGCAAGAGCCUGGCCGCCCUCUUCGACUCGCUGCGGCAACAGCCGUCGGGCUUCGAGCUGGAGCGCCCCCUGGUGCCGGCGGGCGGCAGAGAAGGCGCGUCGGGGCCCUCCCCCAGCGGGAAGAAAGUGCCCCUUCGCAAACGCAACCUGCCGCCCUCCUUUUUCACCGAGCCCAUCGCCUCCCGCUCGACGGCGCCCCCCAGCCCGGCUUUGAAAGACCCCGCCGGCCCGGAGGAGCUCUUCGACCUCCUGGCCGCCGCCGCCCCCGAGUUUGGAAACCUCCUGCCGGAGCAGCAGCAGCCGCUUUACCAGACGGGCAGCCGCCUGCAAGCGUCGUCGGAGCUGGGCGGGGAGUUCGAAUCUCUGCCGCUGCUCCCCCACUUGAUGUACCCCGAGCCUCCCCUGCGCCCCCUGCCGGCUCUUUACGCCGGACCGUCGGACCCUGCCGGGGCGGAGAGCAGCCCGACGGCUCACCUGCCUGCCUUCGCUCCCUUCUUCCCCGAUUGCCCCCUGCCUCCUCCCCCAACCGUGCCCUAUGACUAUCCCGCAGGCUAUGGCCGGGGGGCCACCUUAUUUUAA